CUCAAGGUGCACCUAGCCUGGCACAAGCGUCGUGGUGAUGUCACCGCCACUUUGUGGCGAAUGGCAGUUGGUGUUGUAUAUGGUGUAUACAUGUGUGUGGUAUAUGUGUGUGUGGUAUAUAUAUAUGUGUGUGGAGUCUCGUAUGGCCGUCCCCACCCCCACACCACGCGGUCCCAGCUCCCCCACCCCCCCCUCCUCCUUCCCUCUCUGCUGCGUGUUGUAGGCUCACAGCGAGGAGACGCGGCCGAGACAAGGGGGGACAAGACAGAGAGACGGAGACAAGAGGGGGGACAAGACAGAAAGAGAGAGACGGAGACAAAGGGGGGACCCCCAGCACCAGCGCAGCUCGUUGACGACCAUUCAGGGGUGCACCGCGGAGAGCAAUACGACACCACCUGUGAAAACCUACGCCGCGUGACGCCCUUCGGAACGAUCAGCGCAAGUUCACGGAGCCGCCGGGAGCCUUGUCCGAUCAUCUUCGGCUUGAAACUCCCUUGGAGAGACGGACGACGAGACCGUUGUUGAAGAGGGCCCGGGCUUGUACCGUGCUUGCGACAGAGGAGGGAAGCUUCUCACGACGACGCGCUUGAAACCGAAAUGGAGAAAGGUCCCGUGGAGCUGAGGAUGGUGACUCCCAUUCCCGAUGGAACGGGAAGUUUGAACGGCUUUGCGGACGCCUCACGGACCCAGUACGAGGGGACUAAUGGGGACGUUGAGGAGACGGAACGUUUUUUGCCAGACGGUCAGGUGAACAAGCCGGGGAAACAGUUCACAGAUCAUGAGGGAAAGGCGUCGUUCGGCAUGUCGGUGUUCAACCUCGGCAACGCCAUCAUGGGCAGCGGCAUCCUGGGCCUCUCCUACGCCAUGGCCAACACGGGCAUCGUCCUCUUCGUGCUGCUGCUCGUGUCCGUUGCCCUGCUGUCUGUUUAUUCCAUCCACCUGCUUCUGAAAACAGCAGGAAUUGUGGGUAUCCGUGCGUACGAGCAGCUGGGAUACGGGGCGUUUAAAACUCCAGGCAAAGUGGCGGCCGGGUGCGCGAUCACCCUGCAGAAUAUCGGAGCGAUGUCCAGCUACCUGUACAUCGUGAAGACGGAGCUGCCCACUGUGAUCCGCACGCUACUCGCCACCGAUCAGAGUGCGUGGUACCUGAACGGCGACUACCUGGUCGUCAUUGUGACGAUAGCAGUCAUUCUGCCGCUCGCUCUCAUGAAGAAUAUCGGCUACCUCGGGUACACCAGUGGAUUCUCGCUCAUGUGCAUGGUCUUCUUUCUCAUCGUGGUGAUUUACAAGAAGUUCCAGAUCGCCUGCCCGGAGGUUGAGGAAAAUCUCAUGUCGUACCUCAACGAGACGACCUCCUGGAACGUCACUCAGGCGGUGCCGCUGAUGACGCCACCGCCGUCGUCGCCCGACGCUGGGAGCGAGCAGUGUGUGGCGAAGUACGUCACCAUCAACGCCAAGACGGCCUACACCGUGCCCAUCCUGGCCUUCGCGUUCGUCUGCCACCCAGAGGUGCUGCCCAUAUACACGGAACUGCAAAAGCCCACUCGUCGCCGCAUGCAGAAGGUGGCCAACCUGUCGGUGUUCACCAUGUUCAUCAUGUACCUGCUGACGGCCAUCUUCGGCUACCUCACCUUCUACCAGACGGUUGAGGACGAGCUGCUGCACCGCUACAAGAAGGAGGACCAGCUGAUCCUGUGCGUGCGCCUCGCAGUGCUCAUCGCCGUCACGCUCACCGUGCCCAUCGUGCACUUCCCGGUGCGCAAGGCCAUCCUGGAGAUGCUGUUCCCGGGAAAGCCGUUCAGCUGGGUGCGUCACGUCCUCAUCGCCGUGGUGCUUCUCUCGGUCAUCGUCACCCUCGUCAUCACCGUGCCCAACAUCCGCGACAUCUUCGGAUUCAUAGGCUCCACUUCCGCUCCUUGUCUCAUCUUCAUUUUCCCGGCCAUCUUCUACAUCCGCAACGUGCCCGAAGACAAGGAACCCAUGAGGUCACCGCAGAAAAUCGGGGCGGCGAUCUUUGGGCUUCUGGGUGUGGCGUUCAUGGUGAUGAGCUUGGGACUCCUCAUCAACAACUGGGUUUCCCCGGAGGCUGGUGGCUCUGUAGGGGGCCACUAGUUGUCCGCCCCCCGCCCCACCUGCUCCACCUCUACCUCCCUGCACCAAGCACCGUGGCCACAUCCCAUCCGGGUCCUUGACAGCAAACGUGGGACAAGGAGGGCGGCUGCUGCUGCAGCUGCUGCCGCUGCUCCUGCCGUGUGGAUUCAGAGGUCUGCUGCAGGGAGUUUUGGCCCCUAUAUUUUAGUUUAACACGGUAGCCUUUUACAUCAACUCUGAUCCCUCGCUCGAGGGUAAGAUGUCUCUUUUAAGCGGAAAAUUUAAAAAACAGGGUUUUCUGUCGAGUCAAAUUGGUAGUUGAACGUUUAUUACGUUUUGUCGAAAAAGUUAAAGUGUCUCCCCCCUGCUCAAAUGAGGAUUGUGAAGCAGCGUUUUAUCUCUCCGUGGCUUUGAGAGCCAGGUAUGGAAAUUCCACAUUACCACUGUGGCAGAGGCUGGGCCAGUGGUUCCCAACCUAUUGCUCGUCGCAUUCCCCUUUCCAGCCCCAUCUCAACUGUCCGCUUGCUUCCUGCCACCAUGUAGGUUCUAGACUUUACAAGCCACAUUUACCCCCCCCCCUCCAUUUAUCAGUUGCACGUGUAGCGACCCAGAGCAUCUCAAAGUCCAUUAACCUUGAACUGGUCCCAACAAGCGACCACUGAAACAAUGCCGGCUCCACAGCCCUCUUCGAGAGUAGCCAUAUCCAACAAUUCAAAUGAACACAGCGCCAGCGUGUACGCUACAGCACCUCUGCAAGGGGGUAGGCGUCUUCAGACAUUAGGUCUCAAUGGUCACAGACAGCACUGUCCUGUAUGAUGGCACUAUUCAGUGGCACAUAUGUUCAGGAUGCGACUAUUCACCCAGCGCGGACAUGCAGAGUCGUCACUGCACGCCCUGGGCGUUCGAUGCUGCAUCUCCCUCUCCCCAUCCGCGUCUCACGGACCGCGCCUCCCUUUCCCUGUGCCCCCUUUUAUCCUCAACACCCGCACCCCCAGCUCCAGUCCUCCCACCGCUCUCGCUUCCGUUGCCCUUGUGUAGAAACCGACAUUGCUUGUCGAGCUCACACCCCCCCCCCCCCCUCCUCCCAUCUAUCCGUGCCGCUUGGGCUCACCCCAGACUGUACCGCGUCGGUCGCUGCACAUGGAAUUCAAAUGCCGCACAACCUACGAGCACAACUGCAGGAAUUGCUCGUGGCCAGAGGUUAGAGCAACACAGCUUUUGCAACUCCCACGUGACCACACCCCACGUGACCACACCCCACGUGACCACCGUCGCCACCGCGGUCCCCGUGGGGAUGCCACUCGGUGCCCCCGUGGGAGGCCUCGCCUCCAGCCUCCAAACUGCUGGGCGAGACUCACACGACGAUCGCCGUUCAUUUCCACACAAAGCGGUACUUCUUUUGUCAACCCUGGUGGUAGGGUGGGCUGGGUCGACCUCCAACCCAUGAUAGGAUUUCAUUGUUUAUCCCCCCCACCCCCUUUCUGGCAACCCGUUAGAAUCCGUUCCUCCUCAAAAGUUUGCAGUAUUUUUUUUGUACAAAUCUUAAGUGGAAUUCUGUAAGCAAGCACGUGUAUUAUCCGACACGUAGGAGUCCUACAACAAGUCUUGAAAUUACUGGAGGAUGGAGGAUAUUUUUCUCCUCCACCAGGAUCUUUUUUUUCUGGGCUACGAGGGUUUCAGAUGCCACUGCAGACGCGAUCUCUUUUGCUCGCUGUAAAAUCGAGGUGGGGAUAGAUUUGCACCAGCCCUGCAAUAUCCUUGCACGCACCACCUGCUGGCAGGGGAGGGCCCUCUCUGCCAAGGAAGGGCCCUGCGAGGGGAUUUUGGCCACCUCUUAUAACACUGGCCAAACAUCUUUUAUACCGGGUGUACUUACCCACAAGUCACCCUUCCCCACUUCAUGCGAUAUGUUGACCGACCAAUCGGCUCGGCAUUCCAGGUGUGGGGGGGUGAGGGUGUGGGGGGGGUGAGG